AUGUCACCCCCCUCAGAUGUUCCGCGUAUCUCAGCUUCCCCUCCGAACUACAGCACGAAUACCCCUCCUCCCCAUUAUUGUAUAGACCCAACAGAUGGGGAAAGGUCUAUCGAGCAUACACCUCACCGGGCAGGGCGCAUUUCAGACGGUAGUUUCAUCAGGAAUCGUGGAAGUCUUACCGUCCUACUAACACAACAAGAGGAUGGUAUCUCAUCUCCAGUAUAUGGCCGAAUGGCUAACAUCACCGGAGCCAUACUUCUCAGCUCAUCAGAGGACAUAUUCGAGGUCAAAAUACAACUUGAAGGACGCCUACAUUUCAUGAGUUCUGAGUGUGGUUCAAGGACAGUUACGACCGUCAGUGAAACAUAUAUCCUGUGGAAUUGCUCCCGAACGGAGAUCGAGUCAUGCCCGAGUUCCCUGCCGUUCUCCUUCUGCCUCCCGCUGGCAUUUGAGGAUGGUGGAAGCAGCUACCCAUUGCCACCCACCUUCCAGACUGCCUUCACUGCUAUUCCCGGCUCGGUAGUAACCUCGAUCUAUACACUCAUUGCUUCCACCACCGCUGUACGUCGUCCAAUAAUGCUUGGGUUUGAAAAGGUAUCAAGUAUGCGUGUACCUAUAACUUACUACCCCAGAACGCGACCUGAGCGACCUCCCUUAUAUGUCCCCCUACUUUCCAGCAUCAAGUCUUGCCCUGAAGAAUGGUACCAGGUCAUGGUCACCGUUAAAGCCAAGGGCAAUUAUAACGUUCUCCCCAUUCAAUGUAAUUUCUUCGUACCAUCUGUCCAGGCAUUUUCUUUCUCUGAUGUGAUCCCUUUCCACAUCCAACUCAGUGGUCCGCUUUUCUCCCUCUUGAUGCUCUUUCCCCAACGAUCCACCGAAUACGAAACUUCAAUUUCUGUCACUAUGCACCGACAAGUCGUCGUCAAAAUCCAGGGUCGAAAGUCAUGGCAAAAUCAACAAAUCGGAGUAGGGGCUAUGCGGCCCAUCCCUCCUCCGCCGUCCCAUUGUGAUCACGACGAAGAAAAAAGCAUUGAUUGGGGAGGUGAAGUCAAAUGUAAACCCACCGUCAAAGUAGGGGGCUUUACGGCCUCUGGCGUCUCAGUCAAGGAUUACAUCCUCUUUUCGCUGGAACCUCCAUCAAAUUCACCUUUCCUCCCCGCCCGAGGGCACGUUCCUAUACUACUUACAACGGAUUCUUGGAUCGACGUGCCCAAUGAGACAUGAGACCAACUAUUACAUAAUGCCGGGUCUCGGUUGAAGGAAGCCGACGUUUUCGUAUAAAAUGCGUUCGAUGCCACCACACACACAUACAGUGCGGAUAAUUUUUUGAAAGAUCGUCAUUGUUUGGCCGGAGAUAAAUUUACUUAAUAAACCCAGGAAAAGAAUGUGAUACUUUUUUUGUCGUCUAUGAAGCUCGAGAACCUUCUCCACCAAAAGUAACUCAGCUGAUCUGUCGCGAUUAUCUAGUAGAGCGACUGACAGGCUCUCCAAGCUUUCGACUACUAGAAU